AUGUUUUCAACUGAUAAGUUGUACAACACGAAUACAGCACCAAAAUUUGGUCGUAUCGGGUUAAUAUUUGGUAUUCUAUUACUUCUAAUUGGUUUAGCGUCGUUGAUAUUUUCUAUCAUCGAUCUAUUUCAUGGGAAACCAAGUCAUCUGGGUUAUAAUCAACGAUACGGAGGAUUAAAAAUUGAAAAUCCUCUAUGGCCAUCACCUGGCAAAGGAUUUUGGGUUGGUUUGAUAUUAAUGGCCACGGGUGUUAUUGGCAUAUUAGCUUCUCGUGAAUGUACUGUCUCUUGUAUCAUUGCUUUUGCCAUUUCUUCUAUUAUAACAACAAUUCUCUCAUUUUACAUGAUGAUCACGUGUAUUAUUCCUGUUCAAUACGAUGUAACGAGAACAACGUCUAACAAUCGUAGUGAUUCAGAACGAAUUGAAUUAAUUAUGAAUUCUUUGUUGAUAGCUACUGGUGUACUUGGAAGUAUUAUUGGCGGUUUAGCAUCAAUUUUUUCGUGUAUUUUUGCUGGAUGUUGUUCAAAUCAACGUUUUAUCAGUGGCUAUGCUCAAAUCCCUCCUCCUUCACCAGUUCUUUCUGGUAGCAGAUAUUAUCCACCACAAAAACAUUUAGCAUUUCCACCGAACAUGUGA